GUUCACGGAGGGUGUAUCUGUCAAAACGCCGACGAAUCCCACUCCUCCCUUCUCUCUGUUCUCCUCCCUCGAGACGCCCGUCUCUCCUCGCUUUGCUCCCCACGAAGCAAAUUCUAAAUUCUUACACAAAAUAUCAGAUCCUUCGUGGGAUCCGCAUCGCCUCUUGCCCUUCCCGCGCGGAUUUCUUGGCACCUUUUUCUCCCCCCUGAAUUCCUCUGCCGAUUUCCUCCUGCGGUUGCUCCUGGAUCUUGUGAGGAGGGGUUGGUGGGGGUGGGCGGCGGCGCGAUCCGGCCCAGGGAGAUGGCCGGCGGGAAGGAGCCGAUCGAGGUGAAGUUCCGGCUGUUCGAUGGUACCGACAUCGGGCCCAGCAAGUACGAUCCCUCCACCACCGUCGCCGCGCUCAAGGAGUUCGUCCUCGCUCGGUGGCCGCAGGAUAAGGAAAUAGUUCCAAAAACUGUCAAUGAUGUGAAGCUCAUCAAUGGUGGAAGGAUACUAGAGAAUGGCAAAACUCUUGCCGAGUCUCGAGUCCCAGUAGGAGAAGUUCCUGGAAGUGUGAUUACAAUGCAUGUCGUUGUGCGCCCUCCCCAAUCUAACAAAAAUGAGAAGCAGCAGUCAAACUCUCCCAAGCAGAAUAGAUGUGGAUGCACAAUAUUGUGACGUUGACGCAGUUGCAAUGUGUAUAUCGGUGCCGUUUUCACAGCAAUUGCAAGUUCAUUUUAACAAUUGAUUCUUGCAUCUAUUCUUCAAAGCCUAGAGAUGGUAUCCAACACUGGCCACAUCUGCUUGAGAAUUUGAUGCUUGGUAUUGUGUAAAAGCAGUGUGUGCAGGAAGGAGUUCCCGGGGGGUUCCUGGUAAAAGAACCUUAAAACGAGUGUGCAGGAGUUGAGAGUUGGGUGCUUGCUAUUGUGUAAUAUAUAUGUUAGACGUAGUGAUGACGAAAAUGAGUUGCUUCAUAGUACUUGUUCGAGACAUUCUUUUUCGUUUGUGUCAAGCAUGGUCACGUAUAUGUGUUUUGUUUUAGAGAAGUGGCUAGUAUAAUUCUUGUCAGAAAUUGGAAAGGAAUGCUGGGGUUUGGGAUGGAACUGCCGGAAAUGAAAAGUGACGACUUGCUUUA